GAUCCAGCUGGACGGUGGAAAGGCACACUUGAUCACCAAGUAUCAGCUCAACAGCAACCCUCCUCUUCUUCAACAUGUACAAGUCAAUGACCCUUUUGGUUUUGGUGGCUUUGGCCGCUUGCGCUUUCGCCAUGGAGGCCCAGGAUCAGGAAUCUGCUGAGCAGUACUACCGCAUCCAUGGUUUCUACCCAUCGUGGUACCCAUAUGGUAUCGCUUUCAACGGAGUCCGCGCCUUCCCCGGCUACCCUUUCACCGGUUAUCCAGCUGCCGUCGCCGGAGUUAAGAAUGUAGCCUAUCCUUACGCCCCCUACCCUUACGCUUACGGUGCUUACCCUUAUGGCGCUAUCCCUUACGUCGCUCCCGUUCCCGAAGCCACUCCUGCCAAAAAGGCCUAAAUACGUUCUUUGAUUAAAGUUGAUGAGCUAUUAAAACUGAGCUGUGCUCAUGUUGAAUGCUCUGUCACUUUUAAUUUUCCCAAUUUUCAUGAUGACUUUUGUUUGUUACACUUUGGAAUAAUGCUUAAAAAAAAUAAAUUUAGUUGCAUAUUA